UUUAUUUGCCUUCUGUAUUUUACAGAAACUGUUUAACGUUAAGUAGAAAUUAUGAGUAAAGGACAAUGUCUUGACGGAUUUAAAUGCAAAUAUUUGAUACUUUUGGCUCAAGACAAACUACUAGCCCACAUUUCAGAGUUGGAAUCUGUGGCCCAAACGUUCGGUUUCAAGCUUAAUAUAAAACAAAAGGCUAAGAUUAGCCCAACAACUGGCAAAACAGAUUUUACAAAAUGGAUAAUUUUACAAGAAAUUGCAGAAGAAAAUGUUCUGAAGCUUAUGUCACGCUCUGUAUGUGCCAUGUCAGCUUUUGAACUGUGGGGCUCUGGGUCUGACUUUUCUUUAUUGAAACAGUCAAUUUUAGAAUAUCCAUUGGAGCAGAAGCGUGACUGCUUUAAAGAGACACAAAGUUUCGCAAUCAGAGUCAAAGGAAUUGGUAAAAAGAUGUCUUCAGAAAUACAAAGAGAACGAAUUGAUUUGUUAGAGGAUGUCUUACCGUUCCAAGGAAAAGUGGAUUUGGUCAAUCCGUCUGGUGAAUUCUACCUAGUAGAGGAUUACUCUAAUCGUGUGCAGGGUCAACCACCUAAAGAACCAGAUGCUAUUCUAUUUGGGCGGCUUUUGUGUAAUGGACAACGUAGUUUGAUUGAAAGGUACAGCCUCAAAAAACGAAAAUUUAUUGGGAAUACAUCUAUGGAUGUGAUGCUGAGUAUUUUAAUGACAAAUUUAGGUGGAAUUAAUAAGAAUUCAGUGGUUUGUGAUCCGUUUGUUGGAACCGGGAGUCUGCUGAUCCCUGCUGCGCAUUUUGGAGGUUACGUGAUCGGAGGAGACAUCAAUUACAACAUCAUUCAUGCAAGAGGAAGAUCGUCCAGGAAGGGAGCAGGGUGGAGACAGAAGGAUGAAACCAUCAGACACACUUUGAUGGAAUAUGGACUCCGAUCUCAAUAUUUGGAUGUUUUACUCUGCGAUGCUGCAUGCCAUGCAUGGAACACAAACGGGAAAGAACUUUUUGACGCAAUAAUCACUGAUCCCCCCUAUGGAAUUAGGGAAGCGUGCCAGAAAGUUGGUUCAAAAAAGCAGAAUCCUGUUGUGCCUGAAUUAGAGCCUGGUUUGACCCAUUUUCCAGAACAAACUGAAUAUCAUCUGGAGGACGUAUUUAAGGAUUUGUUAAACUUCGCAGCUCAAUCACUUGUUGCGGGUGGUAGACUGGUGUAUUGGUUGCCAGUAUACAGAGCUGACUACUCUCCCAAAGUAAUUCCAACGCACAGUUUGCUGAAGUUAAUGUAUAACCAUGAGCAAAUUCUUAACAGCCAUUCUUCAAGAAGACUCAUCGUUAUGGAAAAAUUAACAAAAGAAAAUGUCACUGAAACUGCCCAAGCUGUCAUUUCAAGCUCAGUGUUUAGCGGACAUAACUCAUUCCGAGAUAAAUAUUUUUCAGCUCAUAAUGGGAAUGAAACAAGAUAAUUUUAAUUAAAAAAAAUUAGGUGCUAAAUUCAUGUUUUUAGGUAAAUGUCACUAAAUUGUCACAUUAUUUAUAGCAGUAUAACUAAAAAACAAAAAAAAUGAAUUUGUAUUGCAAACAGUGCUAAACUGAACUUUUAAACCAUUUUUAUCGAGGCAUUGUGUAUGCUUUUACAG